UAGGUACUGCAAAUUUUAUAUUUCAUUAUAAAACGCAAUUCAGUUUCGAAACAACAGCGAACGCGAGUGGAUUUUUCUACAGAAAAUAUAAAAGUCGAGCUUUUCGGCGCAGCACUUAAUCUAGUACGGUUAUAUAAUAUAGUGGAAAGUCUAAAAAACGAUGGCUAAUAAAUUACAAACGUUUUUGUUGAGUGUUUUGCUAUUACAACAGUUCGCACGCUCGACCGCCUUCCUCAUACCACGCGAUCCGGACUGCAAAAACAGCGAUAACGAGACACUCGAACCCAGCGAGAAAUGCUCAUCGAUGCUGCACUUUCAACGCAACCUCGGCAAAUAUCGCAACUUCUUCGCCAAUCUGUUGCAGGAGGAGAAUGAGCAAUUCGCAGCCGAACUGCAGGAACUCUACAACUUAGUGAGCUCGGCGCUGGUGGAGCACGACUACAAUGAGAUGCAACGACAAUUUUUCUACUCCGUUUGGCUGGUGGAGCGCACCAGAGAUCUGGAGGAUUAUUUGACUAUGAAGGGUUUCCGAAAUAUAUAGAGAGAAUAGACGAAAAUUUGAAUGAUUUUGUAAAGUUUAUUGUAUGAAUUUAGUUGGUUUUAAUGUAGUAUGUACGUAUACUCCGAUAGUGUUUUCUUCAGUUACCUCUAGACAUGCUCUGACAGGAAAUCGAAAAUACUCUUCCAAAAACUUACGGCGCACUUCUUUUCACAUUCUUUUCAUAUUUAUUGUUCACUAAUUUAUUAUAAUUAUCUUUUACUUAAAUAGUAUUAUUAUGGGUGUUGCAAAUAUGUUUUAACAACAAAUGGUAGGAUUAAUAAAUAUAAGUAAAUUCAAUUACUACUUAUGAACCACACAAGCUGAUAUAUCGGAAUAAAAAGCGGAAAAAAUUUA